AAGGCCCAAUAAAAGACUUUGUACGGUCGCGUUUUAGAAUUAGAAGACUUUGUGUAAGAUCACACACCAGAUUACGAUAUCCAACUGUCAGCUUCUCGUCAGCUUCGUAAACCCUAAUCCUAAAGAAUCUGAAAAGCUUUUUAGUCACUACAUUGGAAGGAAGGUAAGGAGGUCUCACUACUUUCAUGGCUUCAGUACUCUACUUUUAAGAUCAAAGUCUUCAUUCACUUCUCCCGGAUAAUAAUGAAAAGCAACAAAAACGAGAACCCAAGUUCCAGAGACUUGAUCAGCACUUUACCAGAUGGUGUCCUCUGCAUUAUCUUGUCUUUCCUGACGACAAAGGAAGCUGCUUCAACACAGGUUCUGUCAAAGAGAUGGUCGAAUCUUCUUCAACUGGUACCUAUCCUCGACUUCGACGACUCUCUAUCGCUAAACAGCAAAAUGGGUCGAGAGCAAAUUCAGGUUUUCAUGAAGUUCGUGGAGAAGGUACUGUGGGAGCGAGAGAAUAAGAAGAACUCAUCAUCACCUGUGAAGAAAGUCUCUUUCAAGUUAAGUCGUAUAGGUCCUCAUGAAAACCCUACACUCGUAUUGCAGUGGAUAGAAAAGGUAAUUAAACUCGGUGCCUUGGACCUUUGUCUAAGCUUUGGUGAGUUGAGUUACCGCAACUUUUGUCUACUGUACUCGGUCCUUGAGAGCAAGGCACUUGUAAACCUAAGGAUCAGAAGACUCUGCCUUACUCAUCAUGAUGUUACCACUCUUCCAGAUCCCGUUUCUCCCUCACUUACCACUCUCUUUCUUGACUCGGUUAAGCUUACUUACGAUGGGCCUCGUUUGGAAGCUGUUCUAUCAGCUUUCCCUAACCUUGAGAACCUGAGGGUACAUGAAUCCAAGGGACGGUACUAUUGGGAUGGGUCUGUUUCGAGUCCAACGCUCAAGAGAUUUGUGUACAGACGCGAUGCUGAUGAUGAUGCUUUUGGUCCUAAGCCUUGUGUUAUGUUUGAUACUCCGGGGCUUGUUUACUUGGAGUAUUCUGACGUGGUUGCUGAUAAGUAUGAGAAUCUGCGUUUGGACAGCUUGGUUGAAGCUAGGCUUGAUCUUCUGUUGACUGAAGACCAAAUCACGCGCAGGGAUGGUCCAGACAAUGUUGGUUUUGUUCCUGUUGAUGUUUCAACUUUGUUCAUGGGUAUCAGAAACGUCAAGAUCCUCUGCUUAUCUCCGGAUGCUCUAGAUACGCUCUAUUACCGCAGUGAUAAGAAGAUACCGGUGUUUAACAAUCUGAUAAGCUUGUCUUUAGGAAGUGAUAGAUCUCAUGGCGGUCCAUACAUCUUCUGGAAGUUGCUUCCAUCUCUGCUUCUCAAGGCACCAAAUCUACAAACCCUAAUCAUCAAGGGUCUAGUGCACUAUGUUAAAAAAGGAUGGGAGGUUGGGUGGCACCGACUUUUAUCUUGGGAUGAUGUGUCUGAUGCCCUGUCAUCAUCAGGAGUGAAGGUUUUGCAGAUCACUGGGUAUAAAGGAACUGGUGAAGAACUUAGUCAUAUGGAGUGUUUCUUGGGAAAAUUAUCGCAUCUUGAAAUGGUUAGGGUUACUCAUAAAGUAGCUGAUGAUGGAGAGAGACGUCGUCUGGUGAAUGAUCUUUUGUGUCUUCACAAAGCUUCGUCCAAAUGCAAGGUCCAUGUCAUUAAAGAAAGUGCUUGAUCACUUCCCAUAGAUAAACUUUAGAUUUAUCUAUUCAACAUUAUAUACACCUGCAGAAACAUAUUGUUUGGUUUUUAUGGAUAAUGAUUAAUGAGUUGCUUAGUUAUUGAGAAUAUGGACGAUUAAAGUUGAUGAAUUACAUAAA